GUGCGCGUUCGUUGCGGAUGACGUGAACACGCUGAGGAGGAGGGGGGUGGGGAACAAUGGCACGCGCUGCCGUUGCCUUUUCCGCCGCGAGGCACUAGGAGCGGUGUUAGAGAGGCGCUCCAGCAAUAGGCAGGGAGGGAGAAAGUGCGUGCAUGUAACUCGGCUCUUUACAACUUUACACAGGCACCGGCAGCUGUCGCGCCGGGGUAUGGGACUUAUUUGAGGUUUGGUGCUCUGCCGUGACGUUGGACGAAAAUGAAAAGCUUAAAAGCCAAGUUCAGAAAAAGUGAUGCACAUGAAUGGAACAAAAAUGAUGAGCGACUACUGCAAGCUGUGGAGCAUGGCGACACAGAGAAAGUGGCAGCUCUCUUGGGCAAAAAAGGGAUCAGUCCCAUCAAGCUGGACAGCGAGGGGAAAUCUGCUUUUCAUUUGGCUGCCACCAGGGGACAGGUGGACUGUUUGGGAGCGAUGCUCACUCAUGGUGUUGACCUAACGGUACUGGAUGGCUCAGGCUAUAAUGCUUUACAUCUUGCUUCAAAACACAGUCAUCAAGAAUGUGUGAGAAAGAUCCUUCAGUACAAAUGUCCAGUGGAAUGUACUGACAGUAAUGGGAAGACAGCAUUGCACCAUGCAGCUACAAGUGGUUCUAUUUUUAUUGUUCAACUGCUGUGUGAACACAAGUGCCCUGUUAACACUAAAGACACAGAAGGUUUUACACCACUGAUCCAGGCUGCACAGGGCAACCAUGCUGAGGUGUGUCUUUACCUGAUAGACCAAGGAGCGGAUAUUGAUGCACAAGACAAGAAUGGCAGGACUGCUGUAAUGCUGGCCUGUGAGCACGGUAGUGGAAACGCUGUCGAAAUUUUAGUCAAGAAGGGUGCCAAUUUGAAGUUAGUAGAUGCAUUGGGUCAUGAUGCACUUCAUUACUACAAGCUCUCAGGAAAUGCCGAUAUCCUAAAUUUCCUGCAGGCUGCACUUAAAAAGGUCUCUGAGGAUUCUGAUAUGAAAUCUGCACAAGUGUCGAAACAGCUGGAUCCUGGCAUUAAAUUCAAUGCAGAUAGAAGUGGAACUCCCAAAAAACGAAAAGCACCACCACCACCAACCAGUGUUCUGCAGGGGCCACAGUCUGGUGAAGUACCUUCUCCAGAGUCCCAUAGUUGUCGUUCAUCAAAGCCUGCACCAUCUGAAGAGGAAGAAACAUCUGUUAAGGAAGAAGAGAAAAAUGAUGAAAUGAGAAAACUUCAAGCAGAAAAGGCAAAUCUAUUGGAGGUGAUACACAACCUAAAUCAACAACUGCGGGACAAAAACUUGCAAGAGGCACAACAAAAUGACCUCAAAAGAAAAGUAUGUAGGAAUAAUGAAGAAAUACCAGUUGAAUCAAUAGGUAGUGGAAGUGAGGAAACCGUAAAAUCUAGUGUAAAAGGACCUGACCAGAUAAUGGCAUUGCAAUCACAAAUUGCUUCUCUAGCAGUGCAAAAUAAAGAGCUAUGGGAUAUACUACAGGGAAAAGAAAAAGUAACAAACAUAAAGCCACAGGAUGAACAAUUGAGACCGAAUCUAGAAACUCCAUUUGACCUAAAUCUUAAUUCAGCCGAUGCCCACUGUAUUCUUGAAGCUAAUUACAUCCAGUUAAAGGAAUUGUAUAAAAAUGCUGAAGCUGAAAUUACUAACCUAAGAGCAGAAAUGCUUUCAAACAUGCCUAAUGCUCCAGUAAAAACUGAAAAUUUUAAUAACAGUAGUUCUAAUACAGAGGUAAAGGAUUUGGAUGAACAAGAAACUCAGCAUGCUUUGGCAAUGGAAUUAUUGGCUGAAUUAUCUGAGGAAAGGAUGCAGACAUUAGGAGGAAUUAAUGAGAAUGGUUAUUGCCUUGAACAAAAGCUCCAAGAGACACAAAGUAAAUAUGAAGAGGCACUGAAGGAACUUUCAAGUCUGCGGGCACAGGUACAAGAAGACUUGCGCCUCAGGGAAGAGCAUUUAUCUUUUCCAAAUUUGGAAGAGUUGACACAGUCCUAUGAAGAUGAGUUAGAGGAAAUGAAGCAGAGACUUAAAAGGGCUUUGGAAGAUGAAGAAAGAGCAAAUAAUAGUGUGAGAGAAAUAGAGGAGCUUCUGGAGAUAAAAGAUAAAUUAUUGUCCAAUUGCAUGUCUCAGGAAGAGUGCGAGGAGAUGAAAAAAUCUCAUGCCCUACUUGUCGAGAACAUCAAUCAAGAGAAAACAUUGCUAAUUGAGAAGUACAAAGAAUCACAAGAAGAAAUUAAAAAGUUACAAGAAAAGCUGAACCAUCAGGCAUACGCUCAAGAAAAGGAAAACGACUUUCAAGAAAUGCUGACUGCAUUGAACAAAAGAACAGAUGAACUGAAAAAUCAACUAACUGCAAUGACACAACAAUACAAUUUAGCAGAAAGUGAAUUAAAAGAGCUGAAAAAUAAAAAGGCUGAAGUGGUAUCUGAACAUGUCAAUUCAAACUAUAUCCAUAAAGAGCAACAUGAACAACUAGUUCAAGUUCUAAAUGAGUCCAUUGAUGAACUGAAAGAAAAGUUGUCUGACCUGGAGAUGAAGCUUAAGGGAUCUGAGCAAGACAAUGCUAAAUUACAGAAGGACCUUGAAAUUCAUAAACAGACUUCUGUACCUCUCUCUGAACAUACAGAAAUAAUAAUGUCUCUUGAAAAUACCAUAAAGAAUUUUGAUGGAAAAAUACGGCAGAUAGAGCAUGAGCUUGAACAGAAGGAAAUACAAUUGAAUGUAUUAGAAGGAAAUUUGGCCACAGAGAAGGCUGCUGUUCAAGAGGCAAUGGUUCCAAAAUCAGAGUGCGAGAAGAUGAGAGCUUCAUUUGAAGCGGAAUCGAAACGGUUGACUGUUAAAGUAAGUGAUUUAUUGAAAGAGCAAGAAAAACUAUCUGCAGAAGCUGCACAGGCUAGGAAGGAAAACCUACUAGCAAAAAAUGAGCGAGACACAGCUCAAGCUCAGCUUUUGAGCAAAGAGCAAGAAAUCAAGAGACUUCGCAUCAGGGGCCAUGAUAUGCAGCAAGCUAUGGAAGAAUUGCAAAGGCGGAUUAAAGAUUCCUUGAAACUAGAAGAAGAUAAAGACAGGAAGAACAAUGAACUGUCCAAGGAAGUAAGCAAAUUGAAGGAAGCACUGAACAGUCUUUCUCAGCUUUCCUAUACAGCAAACACCCUCAAAAGACAAAACCAACAGCUUGAGAUUCUUCAGCAGCAAGUGAAGCAUUUACAGCACCAGCUAUCUGAAGCGAAUCAACGACACCACGAAGUAGUAUCUGUCUAUCGAAUGCAUCUUCUGUAUGCUGUCCAGGGUCAAAUGGAUGAAGAUGUUCAGAAAGCUCUGAAACAGAUUUUGACAAUGUGCAAAACUCCAACACAAAUGAAGUAAAAUGUAUAACAUUACCUAAAUAUACUACUUGUGUAAUAUUCAUUUGUCACUGCUGUUAAACAAUGAUCGUGGGAUAAUGGACCAUUAAAGUUGCAAAGAAAAAUAAUUUUCAGAUGCUUUAUUUGUUCUACCUACUAAUUGUGUGUUCCUUGUUAUCCUGUUCUAAAGUAUGUAGUCAGUAUGUUUGUUAUAUGCCCAUGGUAAAUUUGUAGAACUUCACUCUGCCAUGUUUGUUAAUGCUUAUUUAGUUUGUCAAACAUGGCAUUGUAAAUACAAAAUCAUGGUAUUUUUGGUUAGGGUAAUAAUAACCAGAAGCAACUAGCAUCAGAUAUUUACUAGUCCAAUUAGAUGAUAAAUUAUAGCAUGUGCUAUUUUGAGAUGCAUAGCAGACACAGAACACAGUGAUGAAGCUUAAAGCCAUCUUGUCAUCCCAAACAGUGCCUGUGGCUCUCAGGAAAGCAGUGCCAAAUGAAGACAAAGACAUGGAAAUUAGCUGAAAGACUUGUGUUGGAAUUAUAGAUAGAGGUUAGAGUGCCAGGAACGGAUAAAGAUAGGUCAUAUGAAAAUCUCUGUUAUCGAAUAUUGCAUAUGGUUUUUUUGACUAGUGCUGCUCCAGGAAUCAUGUCAACAUUCAUCACAUUGGCCUCUGUUUUCUUGUCAGUGUAGUUUGUGGAGACUUGGUAUUCUUGUUCUGUGAGGUAUUCCAGUUCAAAUCUGUAUGUAUUACCUGUUUUUUUUUCUCUUCUCCACCUCCACCGCCUCCCCCCACCGGAAUGAUGUAUUCAUUGCCCACUCACCUCCACACCCCAUCCCAUUAUCUCAACAUGAUGUAGAAAUUAAAAUGCAAUUUCUUUUGCUCCAUGUUUUUUGUAAAACCUUAUUUGGUUUAAGUAAAUUAAAUGUUACCUUGUACUUAUUCAAUAAGUCUAUUUUAUACAAUUUGAGAAGUAGUUAACUGAUACUUAUAAUUUUUCAGUAGUUACUAGCUUAAAUGCCUUGCCUCUGUUCUAGAACGUUGAAUGGCAGGCCUGUUGAAGGCUUGAAACAGAGUACCUGAGAAGCCCAGCCAUUAUUCAAUUGAUUAUUUGAAUACAAUUUGCUGCAUUAAGGCUAUAGAGUGUACAGUAAAUUUUGGUAGAUCUGUACAAAACUGCAAUUGCAACUUGUUAAUUAUACUAUUUGUAUAGUUAAGUGAUAGAUUUGUAAAUUAAAUGACUAUUGACAAGAUUUUUUUUUACUUACUCUGUAAUCCCUUGUGUGAUCUUCUCUAAAUCAGGAACACCUAACAAAUUAGUUAUUAAAAAAGACGGUUUCACUCUACAGCAUAAUCCUGCAUGUAAUAUUUGAUCUGACAGUAUAUUUAAUACUAAUUUAAACAAUGAACAGAUUUGCAUGUCACAUUGAUGUGUUUAUGUAAUAUCCAAGUUUUCACAUCUUGAUGUUGUGAGAAAAUAAAUCAUUGUUUAAAAAAAAGUACAUUUGAAGCUCAAUAUUAUGAAGGAUUUCCAAUAAAAUGAAAUAUUGUAUGAGUGCAUUUUAUUAAGUAACUAGAUUAGCGACUCAACAUAAUUCCAGCAUGGACAGCAUUAUAAUCUCCAUUUCAGUUCAAAUUCUAGAUGUAUUUGAUUAAAAUUGGCAAUAUUGGAAGAUCAAUUUUGGAAGAUGAAUUAUUUUGUAUACAAUUGGGGGGAGCAUAAAAUAGUACUGUUCUGAAGAGGUGCACGGAAUUUGAUGAAAAGCUAAAUACAACUAACUUGGAAUAAUCAUACAGUAACAAGAACUUGCAGUUGAAGCUGCGUAAACUGACCUAGUGUUUAUGUUAAGAUUAUACUGUUUAUUUUCUGAACAAACAAAUUAAAGCAUGGAACAAUUAAUGGUCAGCAUUUAUAUUGUGCAUUGCUCCAUUGGAAUUUGCACAUGCAAUUUUGAGCUAUUUGUGAACUACUUGUUAUGUUUGAAAUAUUUUAAUCUGUUCCUAUAAAAUAUGUGAAGAAAUUUACAGUUUAAAAACAACCAUGUUAGUUAGGGAUAUUUUUAACCCAUAUUCAGCAACUUACUCAAUUGCCUUAUUUUCUGUUUAUAUUGAACCAUCACAAAACAUCUAUUAUUCACUGCGCAACAUUGUGCAUCUGUAGCAAUGUGCAUAACAGUUAAAGUAUAAAUUAAUACAAAAUUUGGAUAUCUUGCAGUGUACUACAGGUUUUUCCCAAUAAUGAGUAUAUGAUGAAUUUUGUUUGAUUUUCUUGACGUUCAAUGUGUAAUGGAUGAAUGUGAAUAUUCAAGGCAAUGUAAGAAUUAACUAAAUCCAAUAAUAUGACUAUUUAUGAUACAAAAUUGUACACAAUGUUGUGAAGCUAAAGAAAAUAUAGGCUGCAAGAAUGACAGGUGGAAAAAGAAAUACCUAGUUGUGGAUUUCUGCACUUAAUGAAAGAAUACACAUUCUCUAGUUUCACGCAUUGUGCUAAGUAUUGAAAUGACAUCUAACUGUAGAAGAGGAGGUCUCCCCUCCAUCCAGACAUGUAAAUGUGUUCCGUGGCUCAGUGAAAGAUAACUUGGGCUGUGUUUCUCAUGGGCCACCCAAACCAAUAGUAUUGUUCUGACAGAGAUCAAACUCCAGGUUGAGCAUUGAUUUGAAUUCUUCCUGGUCUGCAUGACUUGAGACCACUCUUACUAGUGUAUGUAAGAUGAAACCAUUAGAAGACCUAUAGAAAAUGUAGUUUAUAGAAAUGAUUGAAUUGUUAGAGCACAUUCAAUAUUUGAAUAGGAAAUUAUGUAAAAUACAACUGUCAUUCUCUGUAGCAGUUGAAGUUUAAGGUCAUCAUAUGAUCAAAAAGCAAAAAAAAUGCAGAUGAUGGAAAUGCGAAAUAAAAACAGGAAAUGCUUAAUACUGAACAGGUCAGGCAGCAUUUGUUGAGACAGUUAAAGUUUCAGUUUGCUGACAUUUCAUCAAAAAUCAAAAGUUUAAUGUUUCAGAGGAUGAAAGUUAAAACAAAAAUGUUUCCAAAGGAGUGAAGAUCAAGAAAGGCUGAAUAACACAAGUGAUAAGAGGUGGCAAGGAGAAGCUGGUGAGGUUUGUUAAUUGCUUAGGCUUUGUGCUUCCAGUUUCCACAAUAUUCUCUCAUGUGAUCCACCUGAGUCUUCCCUUUCUUGACUUCAUCUCUAGCUCAGUUGAAAGUUCCAAUAUCCAUUACAAGCAGAUUUCAGCAACUCUCUAGGCUAGACCUCCUUAUCUCCCCCAUCAACCUGCCCACUGCCACCCCACCCCCCAAAACCACUUCCUGUAGGGGUUCUAUUCCAUUCCCCAAUGAAGAUACCAUCUACACUAGUUCUGCGAGAUGCCUUUUUUCCCUUAAUUGUAGUUUUCCCUUCACCAGACUUGACGGGGGUCCCUGACAUCUGUUCCAUUUCCUGCUCUUUUCAAACUCCUCUCUCAAAAACAGAUUGGAGUUCCCCAUGUCCUCACCCUCCUCCUCCCUCCUCUCCCCUGGUCUCCACCUCUAAUUUUUCAUCCUCUGUAAUUUCUAGCACCUUCAACAUGAUGCCAUCUCCAGACACAAUCUCCCUCUCUCCUCCCCUUUUAGCAUUCUGAAGGGACUGAUCACUCCAUAACUGGUUGGUACACUAUUUCAUCUCCAAAACUCACUCCCCUUCUCACUGCAUUUUCCCAUACAACCACAGGAGAUGCAAAGUAGUCCUUCUGACUACUUUGCUUCUGUAAAGGGAGCCAAAUACUACUACUAGGUGAAGCAGCAACUCACUUACACUUUUCUCUAAUUUUAUGAAAUCCAUUCCAUGCACUUGAUCUGAUUUUUUUUUUGCUCUCCAUUUAGAUAAACCAAAUGCAGUUUGCUUGAUCACUCUGCCAAAAAACUUCAUUCAAUCCAUAGGAUUGAUUCUGAGCUCCCAGUUGCCUGGCACUUUAAUUCUCCAUCCUACUCCCACUUUGACCCCUUGCACUGUUCCAAAGUAGGUUCAAGGAACAGCAUCCAUUCUUCUGCCUAGGCAUGUGACAGACUUGAGAACUGAACAGUGAAUUCAACAAUUUCAGAAAACCAUCCUUUUCAGUUUGAAUAGGAACUGGCCUGUUCUGAUGAAAGUACUAAUGAAUACUACCAGUCUGUAUUUGCCAAGGAGAGGAUGUAGGAUAGUGAGUUCAGGAAAGAAUACACUGAUUGUCUGGAGCAUGUCAGUAUUAAGAAAUGGAAGUGUUUAAAUGUCUUGGAACACAAGGGUGGACAAAUCCCCAGGGUCGGAUAAGAUCUAUCCCGGAAUGCUAUGAGAAACGAGGGAGGCAAUUGCUGGGAUCCUGACUCAGAUUUUUCCAUCUUUGUUAGCCACAGGUAAGGUACUGGAAGACUGGAAGAUAACUAGUGUUGUUCCUUUAAGAAGGACAGCAGGAUAAGCCAUGUAACCACAGGCCAGACACCCUUGUGUCAAUAGUAUAGGAUUUGUGUACAUUUGGAAAAGCAAGGACUGAUUAGGGAUAGUCCACGUUACUUUGUGCAGAGUAAAUCCUGUCUCUCUAAUUUGAGUUUUUUAGGAGAUGACAAAGGAGGUUGAGUGGUAGAUAUAGUCUAUGUGGACAUCCAUAAAGCAUUUGACAAAAUCCCACAUGAUAGACUGGUCCAGAUGGUUAAGGUACAUAGAAUCCAAGGUGACAUGGCUAAUUGGAUCCAAAGUCAGCUUGGCGAUAGGAGGCAGAGGAUAGUGAUGCAGGUUUUUCUCACUGGAAGUCUGUGACUAGUAGUAUUCUGCAGUGUUCAAUGCUGGGAUCUUUGCUGCUUGUGAUGUAUACUAAUGACGUGAAUGUACAAGGUAUGAUUAGUAAGUUUGCAGAUGACAUGAAAAUUAUGUGGACAGCAAGGAAUGUUGUGUUAGGCUUUAUCAGGAUAUAGGAAGUUAUGCAGAAUAUUGGCACAUGGAAUUUAAUCCCCAGUGUAGGGUGAUGCAUUUUGGGAAGUCAGAUAGGACAUAUGCAGUAAAUGGUAGGGCACUAAAAUGUUGAUGAACUUAGACUUGGGGGUUCAAAAUUCCCUGAAAGUGGCAACACUGGUUGAUUAGGGUGGUGAAGGCUGUCUUCAUAGGUCAGGACACAAAAUAUAAAAGUUGGGACAUUAUAUUUCAACUUUACAAAGCACUCGUUAAGCUUCUCGUGGAGCACUGUGUGCAGGUCUGAUUGCCACAAUAGAGGAAGGAUGUGAUUAUGCUGGGAAGAGUGCAGAGAUAAUUCAUCAGUAAAUUGUCUGGAUUGGAAAACUCUAGUUAUGGGAUGAGAUUGGGUAAGCUGCACUUGCUUCCCCUGGAGUGAAGAAGACUGAGGGGUGACUCCAAGUGUACAAGAUUGAGAGGUGUAGAUAAGGUAGAUGAUCAAAAUAUUUUUCCCAUGGUAGGGAUAUCUAAAAGAAGAGAGCAUAGGUUUAAGGUGAGAGGAAGGAGAUUAAAGAGCAUUUGAGGUGUAAGUUUUUUUAUACAGAGGGUGGUUGAUAUCUAGAAUGCAUUGACAGAGGUGGUGGUGGAAUCAGAUACAGUAACUAUGUUUAAGAGGCAUUUAGACAGACUCUUAAAUAGGCAAGGCAUAGAAGAAUAUCACCUUAAUGCAAAUGGAAUUAGUAUAGCUGGGCAAAAAGGUCGGCAUGGACAGAAGGGCCAAAGGGCCCAUUUCUGUGCUGUAUACAUCUAUGAAAGGUCAUCAGUCUGUAAGAUUAACUCUGUAUUUUCUCUCUCUGCAGAUGCUGCCUAAUCUAAUGUGUAUUUCAAGGAUUGUAUUUCUGCAGUGUUUUGUAUUUCACAGUUCCAGUUUUAGACAGUAUUAUCCAGUAUUUGACAAGGUGUCAAGUAUUCCGCAGGGGUUGGUGUUGGGUCUGCUACUUUUCACGUUAUAUGUUAAUGAUCGGGAUGAUGGAAUUUAUGGCUUUGUGGCCAAGUUUGUGGAUGAUACAAAGAUAGGUGGAGGGGCAGGUAGUGUUGAGGAAGCAGGCAGUCUGCAGAAGGACUUGGACAAGUUGGGAGAACGGGCAAAGAAGUGGCAGAUGGAAUACAGCGUAGGGAAGUGUACGGUCAUGCACUUUGGUAGAAGGAAUAAAGGUGCAGACUCUUUUCUAAAUGGGGAGUGAAUUCAGAAAUCGGAGGUGCAAUGGAUCUUGGGAGUCCUAGUGCAGGAUUCCCUAAAGGUUAACUUGCUGGUUGAGUCGGUAAUAAGGAUGUGAUGCUGAGGCUUUUUAAGGUGUUGGUCAGACCAUAUUUGCAGUAUUGUGAGCAGUUUUGGGCCCCAUAUCUAAGGAAGGAUGUGCUGGAUGUUGGAGAGGGUCCAGAGGAGGUUUACAAGAAUGAUCCCAGGAUGAAAGGGUUAAUGUAUGAGGUGCGUUUGAUGGCUCUGGAUCUGUACUUGGUGGAGUUUAGAAGGAUGAGGGGGGAUCUCAUUGAAACCUACCGAAUAUUGAAAGGCCUGGAUAAAGUGGACAUGGAGAGAAUGUUUCCAGUAGCGGGAGAGUCCAGGACCAGAGGGCACAGCCUCAGAAUAGAAAGACAUUCCUUUAGAACAGAGAUAAGCAAGAAUUUCUUAAGCCAGAGGGUGUUGAAUCUGUGGAAUUCAUUGCCACAGACGGCUAUGAGGGCCAACUCACUGGGUAUAUUUAAAGCGGAAGUUGAUAGGCCCUUGAUUAGUGAGGGCAUCAAAGGUUACAGGGAGAAGGCAGGAGAAUGGCGUUGAGAGGGGAAAAAUAAAUCAGCCAUGAUUGAAUGGCAGAGCAGACUUGAUGGGCUGAAUGGCCUAAUUCUGCUCCUAUGUCUUAUUAUUUUUCUCCCUUUUUCAUUCAUCUGCUCCUAUUUACAGCUGUGAUUAUCAAGCACAGUCUUGCCACUGGCACCGCAAUCACUUGUGUCAUUUGGUCUCUCCACUCCACCACCCCCCCCCUCCCCAAAUUGGACAUUUUCCUUUUCUUUCCACCACUUCCCUCUCUCUUCAACCUAAAGUUAAAAAUUAAGCAUUCUUUCAGUUCUAAUGCCUCAGUGUUUCAUCAACCUGAAAUGUUAAUCCUGUUUCUCUCUUCAGAGAUGCUACCUGACCUACUGAGCAUUUCCAGCAUUUUUGUUUUAAUGAAUUGUUUUUAUUCUAUCAUAUUCUGCUAAGUGAACAUGGUUAAGAUUAAAACACAUUAAGGCUGAUGUAUGACUGCAUUCUCAGGAUGACUUCAUCUGAAAGGUAUUUAUUACCUGGUAUAGCCAAUUAAUGAUCAAAAUGAUAUUUAAUGUGCAUCUGAACUAAAAGCUUUGCAGUUUGCAAGCUAUCUUUGUGCACUUAAAAAAACACAAUUAAGAUUAAGUCAAACAGUUUUUGUGCAGAAUAUAUUUGCCAGUUCCUCCAAUUAAAAAAAAUGAUUAACAAAAAUACAUGAUGUCUAAAAUUACACCAGCUACACCCAGCCCAUCCAAAAAUUUGUAUAAUACUUCAGAUAAGUUGCACUGAGAUGGGGACACAUCCCUGGGGUUUGUGUCAAAUGUUGGCUUGUAAACUCUGGUGUUAAACUGGUAAAAUAUAACACUUCUGAAAUAAAAUUUAACUACUAUAUUGACACGAUAAGAGCAAUAAACCAUGCUUUUGAAGGUAUUUAUUGCAGCUGCCUAAACAAUAUCUUAAAAAAAAUUAGAAUCCAAUGAAUUCAGUAUUAUGUAUGUUUUGGAUAAUAAAUUGUUUUUGUU